AUGGGGCUUUCGGAGGUCCACCUCUGGCCAGUGCUACUGUGGGCAUUGGCGUGGAUGCAGAACGCAAGAUCUGCAUGUCCGUCCUGUGCGGGCCCAACCCUGGCACCCCCGGGAGAACGUGCUCUGGUCCUAGAGCUAGCCAAGCAGCAAAUCCUGGAGGGGCUGCACCUGACCAGCCGUCCCAGAAUAAGUCGCCCUCUGCCCCAGGCCGCACUAACCAGAGCCCUCCGGAGACUGCAGCCCGGGAGCGUGGUUCCUGGCAACCGAGAGGAAGUCAUCAGCUUUGCUACCAUCGUAGGCAAAUCCACUUCCACCUACCGCUCCAUGCUCACCUUCCAGCUGUCCCCUCUUUGGUCCUACCACCUGCACCAUGCCCGCCUCUGGCUGCAUGUGCCCCCGUCUCUCCCUGGCACUCUCCACCUGAGGAUCUUCCGUUGCGGCACCAGGAGGUGCCGAGGAUCUCGCACCUUCCUGGCUGAGCACCAAACGACUUCCUCAGGCUGGCACGCCCUGACUCUGCCCUCUAGUGGCCUGCGCAGUGAGGAAUCUGGAGUGGUGAGGCUCCAGCUGGACUACAGACCCCUGGGCGCCAGCAGCGCUGUCGCGGGACUGCCCAGGCGGCUCUUGGACACAGAGGGGCAGCAGCGUCCCUUCUUGGAACUCAAGAUCCGAGCUAAUGAACUCGGAGCAGGCCGGGCCAGGAGGAGGACUCCCACCUGUGAGCCCGAGACCCCCUUAUGUUGCAGGCGAGACCACUAUGUAGACUUCCAGGAGCUGGGGUGGCGCGACUGGAUCCUGCAGCCUGAAGGGUACCAGCUGAAUUACUGCAGCGGGCAGUGCCCGCCCCACCUGGCUGGCAGCCCUGGCAUUGCGGCCUCCUUCCAUUCCGCUGUCUUUAGCCUCCUCAAAGCCAACAACCCUUGGCCUGCGGGUUCUUCCUGCUGUGUGCCCACGGCGCGAAGACCUCUCUCACUCCUCUACCUCGACCACAAUGGCAACGUGGUCAAGACCGAUGUGCCAGACAUGGUCGUGGAAGCCUGCGGCUGCAGCUAG